ACUACUUAUAUCGAGUGACAUAAAAUAUAUAUCUUUUAAAUAAAAGUCCUUGAACCUUUCAGGAUGCUGACUGCCUGCCCGGAUGAACUGCCCAAUCCGCACAAGAACUGCCUGCGGGAGAUGCUCCAGGCCCUAAUCUGCAAUGACAACGACGUGAAGCGCCUAAACACGCAGCUGCGGGAUCUGCAACUGGAACUCAAGGCAGAGCUAGAGAAGAUCAACAAGGCUUCAGAGAAGUGUGGCAAAGAGAAGCGGGGAAAGGUGGUCUGCGAGAGUAUCGAGGACAUGACCCAGUUCGCCCAGCGAAUCAAUAGCUUGGACGAGGUGAAACACCACUUCAGUAAAAGGUGCGAGGAGAUCCGAAAGCGGCGGGACAACAUAAUUGUUUAUGCCCGUCAGUGUCUCUAUGCCUAUAAUGAGGAGAAGUGCAAGUUCAAGUCGUUCCACGAGAACACGGUGGACUACAUUAAACGCACUGCUGCUCUGUCCCAGGACCAGGAGGUGAUCCGCGGAUGCGAGCGAGAUGUCUGCGAGUUGCACAAACGUUUUGUGCGAGAGGUGGCCAAUGUAAAAAGCUGCGAGGUGGAGCUGCAGCCCUUUUUCCAGCUUCUUAAAAAUUCGGAUCCAAAGGCUUACUGCGAAUGCUGCUGCUUCAAGGAAUACGAGUGGCUACCCACUGGCAAGAACCUAGAGGCAGUCGACAGUAUGACCGCCGACAUCAAGGAGCAAAUGGGUGAGGUCCUGGUGCGAGCCUUCGCCCAGCUGCAUGUGCACAUGCCGCAGGAUCCGAGAGCGUUUAUUGCCGCCUAUUUAAUGAAUCUGGAUCGCAACGAGAAGGAAAUGAAGGAGAAGUUGACUAUUUUCCAGGCGCCGACCAUUGAGCCGCCACAGGAACUUUCUGAUCCCACGUUCCAGUGUGAGAACGUGUGUCCUCCCUCGGAGCAUUAA